GCUAAAAUAAGUGAAGAGAACAAAGGAACUGACGAAAGGAUGGAAGGAAGUGGACUACGAGAAAGCAAAUCGGGUUACAGACGGAUUAGCGCUUUUGGAGGAUCGGUCACGCAGUCUAGAAGCAGAGGGAAGAGGAGCAGAAACGAGAUCAUGCGCGGGCAUACGAUAGGCUUAUCGGGAGAGAUUGGUCCGCUGCCACCAGACGCCUUCAAUUCCAUCGCCAUGAUUGCAGCAGCAGCAGAAGCAGCAGCGCCUGCGCCCGUGCCCUCAGGCGGUGGCAGCACGCCUGCCCUCAUCCAGACAAUUUCCUCCAGGCUUGCGACAUCUUAAAGCUGCCCGCGCUCCAGGGCUCUUUCGGGAAAUUAGCAUGGCAGCAGAGCAGAGCAGAGCCCCCCGCAAAGGGCGGGAUCC